AUGAAGUGGGCAUUGGCUUCCCUGGCUCUUGCCGCACCGGCCAUUGCAUCGGAUUGUCAUUGUCUGCCAACUGAUAGCUGUUGGCCAGCUCCAUCGGCUUGGGCUUCACUCAAUAAUACAGUUGGUGGUCGUCUGGUUGCGACCGUACCGAUUGGAACUCCCUGCCAUGCACCCAACUAUGAUGCUGCCGCUUGUGCGGCGCUCCAGGCCAACUGGAAUAUGCCUCAGCCUCACCUUGAGUCCUCUUCGUCGGUGAUGCAGACGUACUUCGCCAACCAGACAUGUGAUCCGUUCACCGCCAAGUCUAAACCCUGCCUGCUCGGUAACUAUGUGAAUUACGCUGUGAACGUCUCCUCCAGCGACCAGGUCAUUGCUGCUGUUAAUUUCGCCCGCAAUAACAAUAUUCGCUUCGUUAUCCGCAACACCGGUCACGAUUAUCUUGGCCGUUCAACUGGUGCCGGCGCCCUCUCCGUAUGGACUCACCACUUGACUGAUAUCGAGUAUAAGGACUGGUCGAGUCCGUCUUACCACGGCCCUGCGUUUAAGGUUGCUGCCGGUGUUGUUGGUUACCAAAUCCUUGAGGCCGCAUCUGCCAAGGGCCUCGUUGUCGUCACUGGUGAAUGUCCCACGGUCGGUCUCGCCGGCGGCUACACCCAAGGCGGCGGUCACUCCGCUCUCAGCACUGAAUUCGGCCUCGGAGCUGAUAACACCCUGGAGUUUGAGGUUGUCACCGCGGCUGGUAAGCUAGUCAAGGCCUCGCGUUCCGAGAAUGCCGAUCUUUUCUGGGCGCUUAGCGGUGGUGGCGCCGGCAACUACGGCGUCGUCAUGUCCAUUGUUGUCAAGGCAUACAAAGACGCGCCCAUUGCCGGUGCCUCUCUUCAGCUCACCGCGGCCAAUAUCACCACCGAUACCUUCUACAACGCCGUUGCGCAGUUCCACUCUCUAUUGCCCGCCAUGGUCGACCAGGGUGUUACUGUUAUCUACCAGAUGACUUCGAAGGUCUUCAUUAUCAAUCCUGUUACAGCCUACAACCAGACCAUCGAUGACGUUAAAGCCAUCCUCGGACCAUUCACCUCGAAGCUCACUGAGCUCAACAUCAAGUACAAAGCCAGUUUCAGCCAGUAUGACUCGUACUAUGACCACUACAACAAGUACAUGGGACCUCUUCCUUGGGGUAACUUGGCUGUGGCCAACUACCAGUACGGCGGACGUCUGAUUCCCCGCAAGACCCUAGAGCAGAACGCCAACGGAAUGGCCUCAGCACUGCGCAACUUGAACCAGGCGGGCGUGAUCGCUGUUGGAGUCGGGAUGAACGUCUCUGCCCCGGUCAACGUCUCUAAUGCAGUAUUCCCGGCCCUGCGUAACGCAGCAGUGACGAUGCAAAUCGGUACAGUGUGGAACAAGACGGCCCCAUGGUCCAAGAUGAUCGAGGAACAAUAUAAGAUGACGACUGAAUAUGUGCCUCAGCUUGAGGCCGUCACGCCGAACAGCGGUUGCUACCAGAAUGAAGCCAACUUCCGCCAGCCGAAUUGGAAGCAGACCUUCUUUGGAAAGAACUAUCCCGUUCUGCUCGCUAUCAAGCGAAAGUGGGACCCUUCGUCCUUUUUCUAUGCUCUCAAGGCUGUUGGCAGUGAUGUCUGGUCUGUUUCUGAGUCCGGGCGGAUGUGUCGUGCCUAA